ACCGUCCGUGCAAUCAAUCGCCGCUGUUGCUCGUUGCUGUUAUGGAGAAUUUGGAGAUAAUUGAAAUUUAGUUGUCAGUCUCUCAUUAGCCUACACUGAAUAUUAUUGGGAACCAACAUUUCGAAGCUUAAAUCAAUCGGGUUUUGAAUAGGUUGUCCGAAGCUUAAACAUGGCAUUGGUAGAACAACCGUGCUACACCCUAAUAAACUUUCCAUCAGAUGCAGAACCUCCAAAUGAAAUGCAACUUAAAGCAGACCUUGAAAAAGGAGACAUUAAAACAAAAAUUGAAGCUUUAAAGAAGACAAUUCACAUGAUCGCUAAUGGAGAAAGACUACCAGGUCUUUUGAUGAUCAUAAUUCGCUUUGUUCUUCCCUUACAAGAUCAUACAAUCAAGAAGUUGUUACUCAUCUUUUGGGAAAUAGUACAAAAGACAUCUUCGGAUGGUAAAUUGUUGCAAGAAAUGAUCUUGGUCUGUGAUGCUUACCGUAAGGAUCUGCAACAUCCCAAUGAGUUCCUGAGGGGCUCAACUCUGAGGUUCCUCUGCAAGCUGAAGGAGCCCGAGCUGCUGGAGCCUCUGAUGCCAGCCAUACGAGCCUGUCUGGAGCACAGACACUCCUACGUCAGGCGCAACGCAGUCCUCGCCAUCUUCACCAUAUACAAAAAUUUUGAAUUUUUAAUCCCGGAUGCACCAGAGCUAGUGGCUAACUUCCUUGAGGGAGAACAAGACAUGUCCUGCAAGCGCAAUGCAUUCCUCAUGCUACUGCACGCUGACCAGGAACGAGCAUUGGCUUAUCUGGCCUCUUGUCUGGACCAGGUCAACUCCUUCGGUGACAUUCUGCAGCUGGUCAUAGUGGAGCUCAUAUACAAGGUGUGUCAUGCCAACCCGUCGGAGAGGUCACGGUUCAUUCGAUGUAUCUACAACUUGCUCAACUCCAACAGUGCGGCAGUCCGCUACGAGGCUGCUGGCACUCUGGUCACACUGUCUACUGCACCCACAGCCAUCAAGGCCGCAGCUACUUGCUACAUCGACCUGAUAGUGAAGGAGAGUGACAACAAUGUGAAGCUGAUUGUCUUGGACCGUCUGAUUGCUCUCAAGGAACACCCGACCCAGGAGAGAGUGCUGCAGGACCUUGUCAUGGAUAUCCUGCGAGUCCUGGCCAGUCCGGACCUGGAGGUGCGCAAGAAGACCCUCAACCUGGCAAUGGAGCUUGUGUCUUCAAGAAACAUCCAAGAAAUGGUAUUAGUGCUGAAGAAAGAAGUGACUAAAACUCACAACACAGGGGAGCACGAGGAUACGGGCAAAUACCGUCAACUUCUAGUGCGCACUUUGCACUCUUGCUGCAUCAAGUUCCCAGACGUAGCUGCCACUGUCAUACCAGUCUUGAUGGAGUUUUUGUCAGAUACCAACGAAGUAGCAGCUGCUGAUGUACUUAUCUUUGUCAGAGAAGCUAUUCAAAAGUUUGAUGCCUUGCGUCCAUUGAUAAUAGAGAGACUAUUGGAUUCCUUUCCUACAAUAAAAUCAGUCAAAGUUCAUCGUGCUGCUUUAUGGAUUCUGGGAGAAUAUACAAGCACAGCUGAGGACAUCCAGACAGUUAUGAACCAAGUUCGCCAGACCCUGGGCGAUAUUCCUUUGGUAGAAGAUGAAAUGAGGAGAGUAUCAGGGGAAAAAGUAGAAGAAGAGUCAGCAGCCAGCAGUGCGUCAGGUUCUGUUGUGUCCAAACUGGUGACCUCUGAUGGAACUUACGCUACCCAGUCUGCCUUCAACACAACGUUGACAUCCUCCAAGAAGGGCGAAGGUCGACCGGCAUUGCGACAGUACCUGAUGGAUGGAGACUUCUUCAUCGGAGCUGCUCUAGGCACUACCCUGACUAAGCUUGCCUUGCGCUACGCCUGUCUACCCGGCGUGGACACUACCAGGGCCAACACCUUCUGUGGGGAGGCCAUGCUCAUCAUAGCCUCCAUACUUCAUCUGGGCAAAUCAGGUUUGCCCACGAAGAGUUUGACCAAUGAUGAUGGUGAGCGUCUGUUGAUAUGUCUGAGAGUGUUGUCCUCGAGGAUGCAGACUGUUGUGGAUGUGUUCACUCAUCACUGUAGAGAGGCCCUGUCUGCCAUGCUCACUGCCAAGGCUGAGGAGGAGGCCACCACUCAGAAGGCCAAGGAAAAGCCAGGCCACAAGGUGCAAGCCGAUGACCCCAUCUCGUUCCUGCAGCUGUCUACAGUGCGUGGGGCUGAGCUGGGAGGUACUGAGAAUGUGUUUGAGUUGUCUCUCAGUCAGGCCGUGGCGGGGGGAGGUAUGGGAGGGUCCGCCCCGCCCCUCUCUGCUACCAAACUGAACAAGGUCACUCAGCUCACUGGCUUCUCCGACCCUGUCUAUGCUGAGGCUUACGUCCACGUCAACCAGUACGAUAUCGUGCUGGACGUGCUCAUUGUUAACCAAACAGGUGACACUCUACAGAACUGCACAGUGGAGCUAGCUACACUAGGAGACCUCAAGCUGGUAGAGAAGCCUCAGCCUGUAGUCUUGGCUCCCCACGACUUUUGCAACAUCAAAGCCAAUGUCAAAGUGGCGUCUACUGAGAACGGCAUUAUAUUUGGAAACAUAGUGUAUGAUGUCUGUGGGGCCGCAUCAGAUCGUAAUGUCGUGGUUUUGAAUGACAUCCAUAUUGACAUCAUGGACUACAUUGUUCCUGCAUCUUGCACUGACACAGAGUUCAGACAGAUGUGGGCUGAGUUUGAAUGGGAGAAUAAGGUAUCAGUGAACACAAACCUGACAGAUCUGCAUGAGUACCUGAAGCAUCUACUGGCCAGCACCAACAUGAAGUGUCUCACUCCAGAGAAGGCACUGUGUGGCCAGUGUGGCUUCAUGGCUGCCAACAUUUACAUAACUUGUGUGUUGACAGGUAUCAGUGAACACAAACCUGACAGAUCUGCAUGAGUACCUGAAGCAUCUACUGGCCAGCACCAACAUGAAGUGUCUCACUCCAGAGAAGGCACUGUGUGGCCAGUGUGGCUUCAUGGCUGCCAACAUUUACAUAACUUGUGUGUUGACAGGUAUCAGUGAACACAAACCUGACAGAUCUGCAUGAGUACCUGAAGCAUCUACUGGCCAGCACCAACAUGAAGUGUCUCACUCCAGAGAAGGCACUGUGUGGCCAGUGUGGCUUCAUGGCUGCCAACAUUUACAUAACUUGUGUGUUGACAGGUAUCAGUGAACACAAACCUGACAGAUCUGCAUGAGUACCUGAAGCAUCUACUGGCCAGCACCAACAUGAAGUGUCUCACUCCAGAGAAGGCACUGUGUGGCCAGUGUGGCUUCAUGGCUGCCAACAUUUACAUAACUUGUGUGUUGACAGGUAUCAGUGAACACAAACCUGACAGAUCUGCAUGAGUACCUGAAGCAUCUACUGGCCAGCACCAACAUGAAGUGUCUCACUCCAGAGAAGGCACUGUGUGGCCAGUGUGGCUUCAUGGCUGCCAACAUUUACAUAACUUGUGUGUUGACAGGUAUCAGUGAACACAAACCUGACAGAUCUGCAUGAGUACCUGAAGCAUCUACUGGCCAGCACCAACAUGAAGUGUCUCACUCCAGAGAAGGCACUGUGUGGCCAGUGUGGCUUCAUGGCUGCCAACAUUUACAUAACUUGUGUGUUGACAGGUAUCAGUGAACACAAACCUGACAGAUCUGCAUGAGUACCUGAAGCAUCUACUGGCCAGCACCAACAUGAAGUGUCUCACUCCAGAGAAGGCACUGUGUGGCCAGUGUGGCUUCAUGGCUGCCAACAUUUACAUAACUUGUGUGUUGACAGGUAUCAGUGAACACAAACCUGACAGAUCUGCAUGAGUACCUGAAGCAUCUACUGGCCAGCACCAACAUGAAGUGUCUCACUCCAGAGAAGGCACUGUGUGGCCAGUGUGGCUUCAUGGCUGCCAACAUUUACAUAACUUGUGUGUUGACAGGUAUCAGUGAACACAAACCUGACAGAUCUGCAUGAGUACCUGAAGCAUCUACUGGCCAGCACCAACAUGAAGUGUCUCACUCCAGAGAAGGCACUGUGUGGCCAGUGUGGCUUCAUGGCUGCCAACAUUUACAUAACUUGUGUGUUGACAGGUAUCAGUGAACACAAACCUGACAGAUCUGCAUGAGUACCUGAAGCAUCUACUGGCCAGCACCAACAUGAAGUGUCUCACUCCAGAGAAGGCACUGUGUGGCCAGUGUGGCUUCAUGGCUGCCAACAUUUACAUAACUUGUGUGUUGACAGGUAUCAGUGAACACAAACCUGACAGAUCUGCAUGAGUACCUGAAGCAUCUACUGGCCAGCACCAACAUGAAGUGUCUCACUCCAGAGAAGGCACUGUGUGGCCAGUGUGGCUUCAUGGCUGCCAACAUUUACAUAACUUGUGUGUUGACAGGUAUCAGUGAACACAAACCUGACAGAUCUGCAUGAGUACCUGAAGCAUCUACUGGCCAGCACCAACAUGAAGUGUCUCACUCCAGAGAAGGCACUGUGUGGCCAGUGUGGCUUCAUGGCUGCCAACAUUUACAUAACUUGUGUGUUGACAGGUAUCAGUGAACACAAACCUGACAGAUCUGCAUGAGUACCUGAAGCAUCUACUGGCCAGCACCAACAUGAAGUGUCUCACUCCAGAGAAGGCACUGUGUGGCCAGUGUGGCUUCAUGGCUGCCAACAUUUACAUAACUUGUGUGUUGACAGGUAUCAGUGAACACAAACCUGACAGAUCUGCAUGAGUACCUGAAGCAUCUACUGGCCAGCACCAACAUGAAGUGUCUCACUCCAGAGAAGGCACUGUGUGGCCAGUGUGGCUUCAUGGCUGCCAACAUUUACAUAACUUGUGU